AUUUUGAUUGCUUGCUAGUCAGUCAUAUUUAAUUAAAAUUAAUAGCCAGAUCUAAUUUUUAGUUAGAAUACUUUUUAAAUCUGAACUAUUUCAAAGGUAGGAAUCAGAUUAAAUUAAAAUCACUGAACGAAUAGCGUUAACCGAUUGUAUUGUGCUGUAUUUAUAAUGAAACCGAAAUUUAAAAAAGAAUUCGUCAAUCCAAACCCGCAAGAAUUUUAUAAAACUGUUGCGGUCAUCAGGGAUCUUAAGCUAAAUCCAAGCUGUGAACAUGGCCCAACAAUCCUGUUCGAACGGAAUGGUUCCAGAUUUUUCUCUUGCUCUGCUUAUCGGUGUCGAAAACUGUGCCCCUUUUACCUCUCGGAGGAGGAAUGGAUCCCACCGGAAGAGGCUUUAUUAGCAUCACCUAAUAGCAAGAAGAGGAAAAUGAUGCCAAACGAUGACGACAAUGUUAAAAGGAACAAUGAUUCAAAUAAGAACAUGCCCUCACUUCCUCCACCAACUCAGCGCGAUAUGGGAGAGGCACAAUAUCACUUUACUGAACAGACUGUUAAUUUCUUCAUCAAAUUGUUCCAAGAUGUUGGGAUUUCUAACAUCAUUUGUAUCGGAACUCCAAGUUUACAUCAUUUUUUUAAGCGGCAUCCUUCUCUAAAGAUUGACUCAUUCUUGUUGGACAUUGAUGAACGGCUGAUACAACAGUUUCCUGCCACGGAAUGCGCUUAUUACAAUAUGUGUAAUCACCAUUUUUUCGAUGACGGUCGUAAUGGAAGAGAAAAUUACGACAAGUUUUUGCAAAAUUCAGAAUCACUAGCAAUUGUGACUGACCCUCCGUUUGGAGCUAAAGUCGAACUGAUAUGGAAUGGAGCUUUAAGUAGCGUACAAAAAGACUUUCGCCAGUACCACUCACAAAGUUCUAAUAGAUGUGAAGUCCUCUGGAUUUUUCCAUACUUCAUGGAAGGACACAUUCUGAACAAAUGCCCAGACUCUAAUUUAAAAAUGAGCGAUUAUAAAGUGCUGUACAAGAAUCAUCCUAAAUUUAAAGAAAAAGCAGAAGGAUCUGGAAACGGAAAGUCUUCCCCUGUUCGCAUAUUUACAACGAUCCCGUUAUCUUUAAUGAAGUUGCCACCCGACCUUUACCGGUACUGUGAUAUUUGUCAGAAAUGGGUCGAACGAAGAAAUUUGCAUUGUGACCUUUGCAAAACAUGCCCAACAAAGGACGGAGGUGAGACAUACAUUCACUGUCUGUCUUGUAAAAGAUGCGUCAAAUCAACCUGGUCGCACUGUGAAUCACCAUGUGGAACAUGUCACCUGAUAAAUGCACAAUGUCCAACGUCCAACUCGUCCACUAUAAACAGAAUUAAUAAGAAGAUAAAUGAUAAUUCUAGUAUGGUUAUUAAGCCUAUGGCAUCUGUUGGAUCCAAGUUUAAGAAAUCAAAGAAGAAGGCUCUUAAAUAAAUGAACAUGAUUAUCUACCUA